AUGCGCAUGACACAGUAUCUCUUCUUCCAAAUCAGUCGCACGGUCAUGGACAAGACCAUCAACACCACCUCGACUAUGGCUACACUUGAUAGCCGCAUCGCAUCGCUGCCGCAAGAACUCCAAGACAUUAUCCUCGACUUCACGCUCUCUGCCACAAACCCACUGACAGGUCGUGCGGAGAUCGCACACGAUCACAGGCCCCCUCUGUCGCUACAGAUCAACCGCACUUUGCGCAGCAAGUUUGCAGCACACUACUACAGCACCACCAUCUUCACGGUGAGAUUGUGCUACAAGCUCUGUCCCCUCGAGACUCGUGCUGAACAUCUGUACCACCUACGGAUCCGAAAUAGCCCGGCAGAUCAGAGAGAAGGUGAAGCUGGAGGUGACCACUCGUGGACGAGGACGCUGGCAGCAAGUCUGCAUCAAGUUGGGUGGUUCUGA